AACGAAUAGAAUAUACGAGAAGAAAUGUAGGUCCACAAAGUCACUAACAUGGUUUUGACAUCUCUUACUCCCUAUAUAUAGGUUGUUGUGUUGCUUCUCGAGUCUUAGAAAUACAUUAUAACUUGUAAGUAUAUUAGGUACCUAUUUGAGCACAUCUCCAGACUAUAUCUAUCUAUAGAGAGAGGAGAGAGAUGGGGAGGCAACCAUGUUGUGACAAAGUAGGUUUGAAGAAAGGGCCAUGGACUGCUGAAGAAGACAAGAAGCUCAUCAACUUCAUCCUCACUAAUGGCCACUGCUGUUGGAGAGCACUUCCCAAGCUUUCUGGACUGUUGAGAUGUGGAAAAAGCUGCAGAUUAAGAUGGAUCAAUUAUUUGAGACCUGAUUUAAAAAGAGGUCUUUUAUCAGAACAUGAAGAACAAAUGGUCAUUGAUCUUCAUGCCCAACUUGGCAAUAGAUGGUCAAAGAUUGCCUCUCAUCUACCAGGAAGAACUGAUAAUGAAAUAAAGAACCAUUGGAACACACACAUAAAGAAAAAACUAAGGAAGAUGGGUAUUGACCCUACGACCCAUAAGCCUCUCCCUGAACAAGACGGUUCACAACAAGCUCAAGGGAGCAAGAAGAGCUUAUUGCCUCAGGAUAACAAGGCCACAAAACAAGGCCAAGAAAAUAAACAAACUAAAGAAAAACAAGAACCUCAUCAACUAGAGAUAGAGUUGGAUACGAACAACACAACGACUGAUGAUGGGUUUUGCAUUGAUGAAGUCCCAAUGCUCAAUCCGCAUGAGAUAUUACUGGACUUCUCUUUUGGUCAUCAUCAUACUAAUGAUGAUAAUGCGCAUAUUAGCAUUAGUAAAUCCACUUCUCCUUCUUCCUCUUCCUCUACAUCGUCGUGUAUAUCAUCAGUACAGGGUGAGGAGUUCUCGAAGUUUCUUGAUGAAAUGGAGAAUAUUGACCUCAAGUGGCUAUCAUCCGAUGAGUCAUCACUGGAUAACAUUAAUUACAAAGACGGCAAGUUCCACAACAAUGUUGAUACGAUAAUGAACUUGUGGGACAUCAAUGAUUUGAGCAGCUUGGAAUUGUUUAUGAAUGAUCAUGAUGAUGGUUUUGUUGGAAGCGGAUGUUCAAGAAUGGUUUAGACUAAUAUUCAUGAACAUUUUACUUUAAUUUUUUUUCUUCCAUGUUGUUUUCAAUUAGUUAUUUUUGUUUGUUGAACGAUUUGGAUUUGGACUUGGUUUGCAAUAUAGUGGAUGAUUAGGUGUAAAAUACAUAUGUAAUAACGAUUGCAAUGGUGAACA